AUGAUUGAAGUUCCCAAUUCAUCUGAAAAAUUCCCAUCAAUUUUACAUAUACUAGCAGCAGUUCUAAAUGCGAAGACCAUUGUUAAAGAAACAUUAAACACGCAAUCAAAAAAUUGUGAUCAAACAUCAUUUGUUGAUGCAG